UCAGUCCGCUGCAACAAGGGCGCGAUUCCAUCUAGAAAAGUGAUUUAUAGACACAGAGAAAGUAAAGUGAGCCUGGACAGAAACCUAACCGGACAAGGGAAAGGUUAAAAGUCCAGUCUUUUUUUUUUUAUUCCUUUAUUUGCAUCCUCAGCGCCCUUGUUUUAUUUGUCUCUACCUCUGGACACGGUGAUGCGCGCUGGCUUUGCUCUCUGGACUGUACCUGCGGUGAUGGGCCGGGCCGGGAGAUGAGCAGCGGGCGGACUGGGGGAGCCAGGGGCGCACGAGGAGGUCUGGACGCAUAGGCCACAGGGUGUGAUAGGUCCGAGACCGCCUCAUGUGUCGGGCCUCCUCUGUGUUUUGGUCCCCACUGACCCCCAUCCUCCCAGCAUCAGUGGGAUGUCCCAGGUGUGUCUCCUCUUGGCCUUGCUUAUGCUCUUCAGCUGCACAAAGGUCUCCUCUACUAACUCCCUGGAGCUUGUGAAGGAGCAGUGGAGCAGCUACAAAAACCAGUGCCAGGCCUACCUCAACGCCACGCCCCCCGCCACAGGGCUGGUGUGUAACAGGACCUUUGACCAGUACGCCUGCUGGCCUGAUGGACUCCCAGGAGCCACUGUCAAUGUCUCCUGUCCAUGGUUCCUGCCAUGGCAUCGAAAAGUUCAGCAGGGUUUGGUCUACAGAGUCUGCAAUGAAGAUGGUCAGUGGGCGCGAAAGAAUACCAGCGAAUGUGAGGACGACCCUGGUGAGCAGCAGUACGGCCGCAUCCUCAAUCAGUUACGGACCAUGUAUACAGUGGGCUACUCACUCUCCCUGGGAGCUCUGCUACUGGCCUUGGGAAUCCUCAUCACCUUCAGGAAGCUCCACUGUAUGAGGAACAACAUCCACAUGAACCUGUUUGCCUCCUUCAUCCUGAGAGCUGUGUCCAUCCUGGUCAAAGAUGCCCUACUGACCCUCACACUGAAUGCCAGGAGCAGCAGUGACACCCACACACAAGCCUGGAUCAACAUACCGGCUGUUACUUGGUGUCGUGGUGCCAUGGUGAUGAUGCAGUACAGCGUGAUGGCCAACAACUAUUGGCUGUUGGUGGAGGGCAUCUACCUGCACAGCCUGCUAGUCAUCACUGUGUUCAGCGAGAGGAAAUACUUCUACAUUUACCUGUCCAUCGGCUGGGGUGCACCGCUCAUAUUCGUGUUGCCAUGGAUCACAGUCAAAUAUCUGUAUGAGAACGAGGAGUGCUGGGAGAGGAACAUUAACAUGGGCUACUGGUGGAUCAUUCGUUCUCCUAUACUGUUUGCUUAUCUGAUUAACUUCUUCAUAUUCAUACGAAUUAUCAAAAUCCUGAUGUCUAAACUCAGAGCUCAUCAGAUGAGAUACACGGACUACAAGUUCAGAUUAGCAAAAUCCACUCUCACUCUCAUUCCUCUGCUUGGGAUUCACGCCAUCCUCUUCACCUUUGUCAUCGACGAGUCCGUCCCUAAAGGCUCCAUGCUGCGCCUUAUUCGCCUCUUCUGUGACCUGCUGUUCAACUCUUUCCAGGGCUUGCUGGUUGCCAUCCUGUACUGCUUUGUCAACAAAGAGGUGCAGUCUGAGAUGCUGAAAAAGUGGAAGAGGUGGAAGCUGGGUAAGGACAUCGAUGAGGAGUACCGCCACACCCACAGCCACACGCCACACGUCAAGAGUGGCAGCAUCGCCACAGGCAAUCUGCCCUAUCUUCACGACAACAAUGCUAGCGACCCCGGCGGUGAGUCGCCCCGCCUCAACAAAGCCGACAGAGAACCCUCCUGCUCUGCCGCACCUGAGGAGAACCGCCGACUAGUUGUCUCUUACAGCAACGGGACGGGGAAAGGCGGGGCCGCCAAGAGCAGACACACCCUGCAGUUCUCUUUCCUGCCACACAGAGGUGCUGGGAUUCACGUGAGCACUACCACAGAGGAUGUGUGUUUGGAGGAGAAGGGGCAGUGCCGCUCACACGCUCUGGAAGGAGAGGAGACUAAUGUCUGAGGACAACCUCCUCUGAGGUUUUGUCAUGAAACCCUCACUGAUUGCGCUUAUCGUUGUUUCGGAUCAGUGUUUAUUAUGCGCAAACAAGACAGCCUGAGUGGGGAGAGAUCGAGGACAUAACCCACACAGAUCAGGAUGUUUUAACCUACACAGCUGCAAAUUAGUAUUUAUUGGUUUUGGGACCUCGAGCGAAAAAGCACUUAUUGACUUCAGACAUCAGGAAUGGUAAAAUAAAUUAAAGAGGAACUCUAGUGGUGUCCAGUGCCAUGUGAGUGUGUGUGUGUUUGUGUGAGUAUGUGUGUGUGUCCGUAUGGAGGACUGCCAUUUUGACACCGACCCUGCUCUCAUUUUUCCAUCUGUACCGCUGCUGUCGUUGUGAGUCAUGCUUCUGUGUCUGUUUGCAGCAAUGGGUGGUCAUUUUUUGUGGUACUCUCUGACAGAAACCUCUCGAAAGUGUCAAUUUUUUUUUCCUUUUUGGUUUCAUGAAACUGAAUGUGGACUUCAGCAUGGCUGAUUCGUGACGUCUGGAUCAUUUAAGGAUGAAGGGAGAGAUUCACUGGAGAGCGCAGACUCUUAUCACGCACGUUGAGGCAGAGGAUGGAAGUUUUGAUCUUCAGACAGACUAUAAUAUUUAACUUAUUCUGGAUUUAAAUGACCAAAGCCAAACAAGAAAAUAAGAGCUUGCAAUGAUAGGAUUUACUUCAAGUGGGUAAACCAGCCAUCAAACCCACUCAUGCACAUUCCUUUCCUCCUUUUUGUCUAUAAUAACCCGUCCAUUGCCUUUUUGAACAGAUUUUCCUGAAUGUAUGAACUUUUGAGAAAUAUGGGUGAAACAAUAUUUAAGUGUAUAUAUGUAAUUAGAAAUAUGCCCACAGCACCUGCAGUCAUCCAGUGAGAAGACUAUUUGAAUUCUUGAUUUGUUCUCAUGCACCCUCAGAGUAAACAUCAAUACCUGGCACACUUUAAGGUAAUUGAAUGAAAAGCAAUUUGUCAGUCUGCUCCAAUCAUCGUCCACACAGCCUCACAUUAUCAGUUAUACAGUAUUCCGUAGAGUGGAGGCAAAGGCAGAACAUGAAGUUGUUUUAUGCACAAAAGUCCUUUUUUGUGCCGGAAACGUUUUUCAUUUCAUAACACAACGAGUCAUUGUGCUUUGUUGAAAAAAGCACCACAUUAUACAUUUAUUAUACAUUUGUUUUGAUCUGUCUUUUCUUCUGCAGAUCAAGGAUCAAGGCUCAUACUUCAUGACGCCGAAAGCAAAAUGUGCCACACAGAACCACUUUUAUAAUUCUGGAUUAAGAAAGUCCAGUUCAGAAAUUAACUGGAUUUAAAGGUCCAGUGUGUAGGAUUUAAGGGGAUAUAUUUGCAGGAAUGGAAUAUAAUUUAAUAAGUGUGUUUUCUUGUGUAUAAUAUAAUCAGCUGAAAAUAAAAAUCACAGUGUUUUUGUUACCUCAGAAUGAGCUGUUUAUUUAGGGAAUAGAUCUUCAUCUAUGGGGUCCGCCAUGUUGCUCCAAUGGGUUUCUACAGUAGCCCUGAAUGAACAAACCAAACGCUGGCUCUAGACAGUCCUAUUCAUAUUUUUGCGCUGGCCACUGUAGUUAGCAGUUUAACCUCAGUGAAAGUGUCAGUAGAACACUGGGGUUUUUUAUGUGAAACUGCUUUACUCAGUGUCUUCAUCGGUGUAAAUCACCAGGGGCCGUAUUCACAAACAUUCUGAGAAUACUCUCAGAGAGCUCCUAACUCAGCCUAAAAUUUUUAAAUAAGGAGUCCUAGCUUAGGAGUGAUUUAUGAAAGUUCUCAGAGCAACUCUGACCAAGGAAGAGACAGAAACGUUUACCUUAGUGAGGAGGUGUGGUUGACCCUGUUGCUAGGUAUGAUGCAUUCUUUUAACAGAUGUGAUUGGUUGUCAGAGACACGCCCUUUUUGAGCCUGCAAGGUGUGAACACUCAGUGGAAAUGAAAUCAACUGCUGACAGUGACAGUGUUGUCAUUGUUAGUGUGAUCACUCUGCUGAUGGAAGGGUGAGACAGACCAAGGUCAUCACUGCUGUGGCAGCUGCAUCGUUUUAUUUCUGGCGUUAUAGCGUUAUUGCACUGAGUGUGAAAUGUGUUCAUACGUCUAAUAAGACUGACCACAAAUAGCUUUUAAUUUACUCACUGUCAUCCAGUGUUUGGAGGAUAUUUCUAAAACCUCUUUGUCUUUCUGCCAUUUUCUCCUCUGAUUAAGAAACUCUUCAGGCUCUUAAAAGUCCUCCUCCCUGCUCCUAACAGUUUUUCACCUUAGGAGCUCUUUUAAGGUCUAAGAUGCUCUGUGAAUAACUUUUAUCUUUACUAGAACCUAGUUUUAACUUUAAUGGGAAAUUCUAACAUUAAAAUUCUAAGAAUUUUCUUAGAAUUGCGUCACUAGGAGCAACUCUUAGCACUAGGAAGCUUUGGGAAUAUGACCCGGGUCUGAUUUUCUUUUUUUGAAGAUGUAGAGGCCUCUGUGAAAUAAUUUAACCCCUGGUAAAAAUGUGAAGGAAUUAUAACUUUCAAAGAAGUUUCAGCUGGUUGCAAAGUGCAAUCCUCGCCGCUCGAUGCCACCAAAUCCCCCCAAAUCUUACACACUGAUCCUUUAAUAUGCUGUAUUUUCCAAACAUGAUUGAUUUUAGCCUCCCCAGAGCCAACAAGGAUUUUCACAAAGGGAUUCCUGAUGAACCUUUUGAUCAAGGAUGGUAAAUAAAAUAUUCAGUUUGAAGUGUAAGAGGGAGCACUGUAGGCUACAAUGUAAAUAUUGAUUAAAGAGAAUAUUGGUAUUAUAAUGACAAAGGCAGGUGGGUGGAGGGAUGUGUUGUUGUUCUGUGUUUUUGCUUGCAGUCCAGAUGACUCAAAGAUGAGAAUAAACACGACUCAUUAUCUUGAAAAAAGACACAAACAUGAUUGUACCUGUCCUUUGUUAAAAGUGUUGCAAUUGUCAGGAGGGCAAUUUCAUGAGAAAAAGCAAAAAGUUUUAUAUUAAAGCCAAAUUGUUGUGUUUUCUGUCUCUGUGGAUCCAAUUAAACUGAAUUCUGUAAGCAAAAAAGUGUCACUAUGUAUUGUGUCAAAUUCACAUAUGAGAGAGAGACAUUAGUGUCAUUCCUCCGCAGCAAUACAUGAGCUGUUUGUACUGACAUUUUGUGGAGACUAACAUGGCAGAAAAUCAAAUAAAUUCAUCUGUGUGUGCACAUGUAUAUUAUCUUGCAGUUAUUCCACAUCAUGGUUGACUGCAAAGUCAAUCAGUGGACUUACUAUCAAUCAACAUACAUA